CAGCAGUGUCCCUGUCUCUCCGUCUAAGUGGCUCUUCUCCUUUGUUCCCACAGAAUGCCCUAAAUGAAAAUGGUAGCCGAGAAUUCCUCUGUGACGGAGUUUAUCCUCACAGGCUUAACCAACCAACCGGGACUCCAGAUCCCCCUCUUCUUCUUGUUCCUGGGUUUCUACGUGGUCACCGUGGUGGGGAACCUGGGCUUGAUCACACUGAUCGGGCUGAACUCUCACCUGCACAUUCCCAUGUACUUUUUCCUCUUCAACUUGUCCUUCAUCGAUUUCUGCUAUUCCACCGUGAUCACUCCCAAAAUGCUGAUGAGUUUUGUCUCAAAGAAGAACGUCAUCACCUACACAGGGUGUAUGACUCAGCUCUUCUUCUUUCUCUUUUUUGUUGUCUCUGAGUCCUUCAUCCUGUCAGCGAUGGCAUAUGACCGCUAUGUCGCCAUCUGUAGCCCACUGGUGUACAGGGUCACCAUGUCCCCCCGGGUCUGCUUACUUCUUUUGUUGGGUGUCUAUGUGAUGGGGUUUGCUGGGGCCAUGGCCCACACCAUGUGCAUGGUCAGACUGACCUUCUGUGCCAACAAUCUGGUUGAUCACUACAUGUGUGACAUCCUUCCCCUUCUUGAGCUUUCUUGCACCAGCACCCACGUGAAUGUGCUGGUAGUGUUUGUUGUUGUGGGCAUGGACAUUGGUGUGCCCACAGUUACCAUCUUUGUUUCUUAUGCUCUCAUCCUCUCCAGCAUCCUCCAUAUUCGUUCCACUGAGGGCAGGUUCAAAGCCUUCAGCACCUGCAGCUCCCACAUAAUUACAGUUUCUCUUUUCUUUGGGUCAGGGGCAUUCAUGUACCUCAAGCCAUCAUCUCUUUUACCUAUGAACCAGGAAAAAGUGUCUUCCUUGUUCUAUACCACCGUGGUGCCGAUGCUCAACCCAUUAAUCUACAGCCUGAGGAAUAAGGAUGUCAAAGUUGCUCUGAAGAAAACCCUGAGCAAAAAAAAAUUCACUCUCCUGAGAAAGGGGCAAUAGGGACUUC